AUGGCUGCUCCCAAGUCGCAGAGCUCCGAGGGCCUUCACAAGAGGUACCUCGAGACGCGCGGGGAUGUGGAGUACAAUGUCUUCAAGCGCGCUGGUGACAAGACUUCUCUGGCCUACGUGGAGAACUCUGGCAUCUGCGAGACGACCCCGGGUGUGACCACCUACUCGGGCUACCUCGAUGCCGACCUGAACUCGUUGAGCACCAUGCACAUGUGGUACUGGUUCUUUGAGGCCCGCGCCAAUCCCACCACAGCUCCUCUGGUUCUCUGGCUCAACGGUGGCCCUGGAUGCUCUUCCAUGAUUGGUCUCUUCCAGGAACACGGACCAUGCCACUUCGUCAACGGCUCCACCGAGCCCAGCCUGAACGAGUACUCCUGGAACAACGUCGCAAACAUGCUCUACGUUGACGAGCCCAUCGGUGUCGGCUUCAGCUACGGAACCGACUCGGCAACCUCGACCGUCACCGCGGCCGAGUAUGUCUGGCAGUUCCUGCAGAACUUCUACGCCGCUUUCCCCACAUAUGAGAGCCGUGACUUUGCCCUCUUCACCGAGUCGUACGGUGGACACUAUGGCCCGGAGUUCUCGAGCUACUUCCAGUCGCAGAACGCCCAGAUCGAGGCCGGCACUAUUGAUGGAGAGGUCAUUAACCUGAUUGCUCUUGGCAUCAACAACGGAUGGAUCGACCCCGAGCUGCAAUACCAGGCUUACCCCAUCUUCGCCUACAACAACACCUACAACCAGCUCAUCACUCUCAAGCAACUAACGAAUUUUGUCUUGGUAGACACCGAGGACUGCGUUCCCGCCUACGCUAGCUGCACUGGUCUUACUGGCAACAACGCCGCUUGCCUGUCUGCUGGAAGCACCUGCUCGUCCGCCACCGAGACACCUAUCGAGGAGGCCAACAACUUCAACGUCUAUGACGUCCUCGAGCCCCGGAGCGAUGAGAGCACCGACCCGCCAGAGACCUACGCAGACUACCUCGCGGAGUCCUCCGUCAUGACAGCCAUUGGCGCGCAGACGGACUACCAAGAGUGCCCGACCGGCCCGUACGCCAAGAUCGUCGCCACUGGAGACGAGGCCCGGUCCUUCCUAGAGCCCCUUGCCGAGGUGGUCCAGAGCGGUGUCAAUGUUCUCAUCUGGGCUGGUGAUCUGGACUGGAUUUGCAACUGGUAUGGUAGCCAGCUUGUGGUGAACAACCUCAACUACACGGAUGCGGCCGAGUUCCAGGCCACAGAGCUUUCUGAGUACACGGUCGAUGGCGUCUCGGGAGGCCAGUUCAAGAGUGUUGGCAACCUGAACUUCCUGCGUGUGUAUGAGGCCGGACACGAGGUUCCCUACUACCAACCCGUCGUCGCCCUCCAGGCCUUCACGCAGAUGCUCCAGGAUGGUGUCAUCAGCUCGACCUAA